UCACCGCCGUACGUCACUGGGUCGGGAGGGGCACGCUGCGCGUGGUGUUACGCUAAGACCAGCUCAGUUGCUAUAAAGUGAAAUGAUCAUCAACAGACAGUUGAAGUCGUCGAUGGUCUGGGACUUAUUAGUCAACUAUAGAUACUCAACAAGAAUAGAGAGAAAUUGUUAGGUCCAGACACUGACUUGUCUUCACAUAAAUUCGACUUUAAAAUGUUUUAUUCAAAUUCAUGGACCAAGUGCUUGAUAUGCCUUAUCUUUAUAACAAGUGGAAAUUCUGAAUGUCCCAUACCUCAAGUGGAGGGAAAUCAAAAUGUCGUUCUAACGAAUGAUGCGCUCCUAAAGAACGAUUUUCCGGAGGGCUCGGAAGUCAAGUUUCAAUGUGCCAACGGCUACAUGACAGAGCAAGGAUCUGAACGCAUCACCUGCACGAGUGGGGAGUGGAGCACCCUGGAAUUAAUCUGCAAAAAGAAGGACUGCGGUGCACCCAAGGAGAUGCCACAUUUGACAUAUGAGUUUAAUAAGGAAGGGACGCUUUUUGGUGCAACAGCAAGAGCGAUUUGUGAUAAAGGCUAUCAAGUUCAGGGAUCAAGUUACAGGCAGUGUUAUGCCACAGGUUGGAGUGGAAGAUCAAGAUGUGAAGUGGUAACUUGUGAAGAACCUAUUGAUAUAAUGAAUGGCAUGAUCUCAGAGAAGCCUGCCAAACAGUUUCCAGAGUAUGGGGAUGUCAUACAGUAUUCCUGUGAUGAAGGUUACACCCUCAUUGGAAACAAAUCCAUUCAGUGCAAUGAAGAUGGUGAAUACAACUCAGUCCUUCCUGAAUGCAAAGAUGUCAAUGACAUUCCUUUGAAACCAACAACAAUAUCAGCAUCAAUAACAACAUCGACUGUUCCACCCACAAUACAAGUUUCAGGGACGCGUCAUAGCAUUGGUGAACAUGACACCCACACAGCUACAAAUGUCAAUGACAUUCCUUUGAAAUCAACAUCAAUAACAACAACAUCGACUGUUCCACCCACAAUACAAGUUUCAGGGAGGCAUUAUGGUAUUGGUGAACAUGACAUCAACGCAGCAACAACGACUGCAGCAGCCGUGGGAAGUGUGAUCUGCAUAGUCAUAGCUAUUGUGCUGUUCGUCGUAUUAUGUGUUCAUAAGAGGAAAGGGUGAGAACCUACAUUUUGAUUAUUUCUCUUACUAGAAAAUAGUGCACAAUUUCACCUACAACUGAAUCACAGCUAUUAUUUUCCUCCUAACUAUAUAUAUGCAUUAACCACAACUUCUGCCAAUGGACUUUACACUGUUCAUUCAUUACACAAAUGAAUUAUUUGGAUAAACUAGCCAUACGGCUGGCCAAUUAAUUGAACUAAACAAUGCUGUUUACGGUAUUACACAACCCAUGAGCUAACAUUCAGUCUGGCGUUUCAUAUUCAUGUAUUCCCUACGGUACCUGUGAUUUGCAUGAUCAAACAUUUUGCUGGAUACUUCAACUUGCUACUGUACAUGCCAUAGUUGCCUUUGCCUGUUUUUGGCCAUUCCGCUAAAGCUUUGUCUUUCCUGCUGGGUGUUGAAAAAUCAAGGAAGUUGGGAAAGCCUUUCCUUAGGCACUCUCGGACAGAGAUAUUGGCAUUGAAAAAGAGAAUGGAGUAUGUUGUUCAAAAGGGAGGUGGCUAGGAAGCUAGACCUACCAUACACCGUGCUAAUCUGACCAGCUGACUACCACACUGGUACACAGCUACCAAACUAAGCACUAAAAUACUGAGAUUGGCAUGCAUAAUCUACUGUAUUUCCUUACUGCACUAUUAUGUAAACAUGAUAAUCCUGACAAAAUUUCAUUAUUUGAAAAUGUUGCAUAGCUCCUACCAGACAGGAGAAGACUCAAGAAGAAAAGAGGAGUUAUUACAAUUUCAAAAUGACUUAAAUUGAAUGCCUACCCAAGGUAUCUACAAUUCAUACAUGAUUCUCUUAAACACAUUCUGAAAAAAAUGUCCCAUCUUUUAACCAAAGUCUUACUCAUGUGACUAUACAGUUUGUGGUUGUCUUUGAACUUGAGUAAUCUAAAUAGUGAAACUAUUGUUAACUGCUCCAUUGAGUCAAUGCUUUGUCUAAAAUAUCUAAUUUCUUUUCAGGGCUAGGACUGCUCCUAUUUGCUAGUCUGCAUCUGUGUCCUUGAAAGGAAGUGCCCAGUAAUUGUCUCAGACCAUUCCCUGGUUGAACAAAGGCACUUAAUUUACAGUGCCCAUUACGUAUGUGACAUUACUGAAUGGAAGUUAUAAUUGUACUUUUUGUAUGAAGAUGUAAAUAUUUUUUGAAAGUCAAUGUAAAUGUUUUAACCCAAUGUUUGAAGACAAAUAUUAAAAUCUUUUUUUAAUGUAUUUAUAUUGAAAACUGGAACAUGUGUAAUAAAAAGCUUUUUGCCUUGUCAAAUACCA